AUGAAGGGGAAAUGUGCAGCCAGAUAUUUUAAGAGUAUAAUUGAAAAAAAAAUAUGUAAUACAAUAUAUUUUCAAGUAAAAAGACAGUUUAUUAAUGUACCUAAAUUAAAAACAUUACAAUAUAUGGAAAUUGAGAAUGUGAGAAAACACGCAGAAUUAUGUAAAAAAAAAAAUAUAAAAACAAAAUAUAUUUGGGAUAAUAUAUUAUACACACUUGUAUUAAAAUUGUGUAAUAACGAAAUAAAAAAUUAUGUUGAUUUUAUGAUCAUAUUAAAAUUAUUAAGUAAAUAUAUUUCUUUAGAAGAUAAGGUAUUAAAUUUUAUAUGCGAAAAAUUAGAACAUGAAAUGUAUAAACUAGCGAUAAGAGAAUUAAGCUUACUUUUAUUAAUAUUAAAAAAAAAUAAAUAUGAUAAUCCCUAUUUUAUUAAUUUAAUUACUAAAUCGAUUUUAAUGAGAAUGAAUAAAAAUAUGUCUUAUAAAGACUUAUCUUUAAUAAUUUAUAGUUUGUCAAAAAAUAUACAUAUAACUGAGAAAGUAUAUACAAAUGAUAUGUUUAAUUUAACGAUUUUAAAAAUUUAUAAUGAAUUUCAAAAUAUAAAUUUCCAUUCUUUGUCAUUAUUUUUUUAUUCUUAUAGUUUAUAUUUUUUAAACAAUACUAAUUAUUUAAAUUCCUUUUUUUAUAUUAUUAAAAAUUUUAUAAAAAUUAUCAAAAAAAAUAUUUAUCAUUUUAAUUCAACAGAUUUAAUGUUUACAUAUAUAUCCACAUUACACAUUUAUAAUUCAUUCAUUAAAACAAAUAUUUCUCCCAAUUGUGAUCAUAAUAUUUCAUUUAUUACUCCACCAAAAUAUCUACAACCUUCAAGCUUUAAUUUGUUAUAUACUAAUGUAAAGAAAUUACAAAAUAAUGAGAAGAAAAGUACUGACUUACAAACUUGUUAUGAAGAAAAUCCAAUCACAAAUAUUAAUAAUAGUUCUAUAAUAAACUCAAAAUAUGUUUUAUCAAAUGCCCAAGUGGGUGAACACACUUGUUUAUCUAAUGAAGAGGUAAAGGAAAUUAAAUUUAGACAAACAAAUUCAGAGUUAGAAACAAAUAAAACCGAACUAAAAACUUACGAAAGAAAUGAUGAAAAGAAUAAACAAACAUUAGAAGAUUUAAUGAAAAUUAUACAUACAGUAAUAGUAGAAAAAUUAAAAAGUUUUAAAAUCGAGGAAGUUAUAAAUAUUUUAUAUGCCUCUUUAAAUAAAAAUCUUACAAUUAAUAAAAAAUAUUUCAAUUUUUUUAAAAAACGAAGAAUAAAUAUAAAUGAUUAUAUUAAUGUUUAUAUAAAAUCGGAUUAUAGAGAACUUGAAACAGUUCAAGAAAAGUUUCUAUCAAAGGAAGAAGAAGAAAAAAUAGUGGGUAUUCCCAUACCCAAUAAUUCUUCUAAUGAAGUAUAUGAUGAUAAUUAUAUAUUACAAAUUGUUAAUCCAAAUUUAGAUAUUGAUAAUUUUACUAAUAUAAUAAUAGAUGAAAUAAUUUAUCGAAAUGAAUGUUUAAGUGUAAAACAAAUAAUUUUAUUACUUUAUUUGCUAAGGAAAUCGAAUUUGAUGUUUAUAAGGUUUGAAAAAAUAAUAUUAAAACGAUUAGUUUGUUUAGAAAAACAAUUAAAUAAAAAUGAAAUUAUGUUUAUAUAUCAGCACCUCUUUUUAAGAACAUGCUUAUUUGAUGAAUUAAAAAGAUAUCCUAUCAAAAUUUGUGAACAAGCAGAAAAUAAUUUCUUAAUUUGUGUUGAUAAAAAUAAUGAAAAGGAAAACGAAUGGAAAAAUGAAAACGAUGACAAUGAUAAAGAAAAUGGGAAACGCCUUAUCAAUAGUAACCAAAAUGAAGAAGACACUUAUUAUAUGAUUGAUGACCCAUUUUAUUUAGAAAAAAAAAAAAAACGAGACAAAAUAAAAAUAUUUGUACAUAAUAAUUACAUCUCUAAAUAUCCUGCAUAUGCUAUACAUAAUGAUCAAUAUGAAAAAUGUUUAAACGAAAAAAAAAAUAAUAUGAAAUAUUUUAUAGAUUUUAUCAAAUUAAAAAAUGAAAUAGAAAAAAAUAUAAUUUCAAAAGAAAUCGGAUUAACACAUAACCAAAUGGAAAAUUUUGAAAAAAUUUCAAACAAUAAUGAAAUAUCUGGAGGUAGACAAACUGAUAAAUCUCAUAGUAUCAUAAAUAGUCAGAUCAAUACCAAUGUUGAAAAAAUACAUGAUACCAUUUUAUCUUCAAGCAAAACAAAUAUUCUUAAUAAUAGAGAAGAAACUUAUAAAGGAAUUUUUUAUAAUUUAUAUUUAGAUAUAUAUAAAAUAGUUAGUAUAAAGUUAUUACACAAUUUAAAGAACGAAAAAUUAUCAAACUAUGAUAUUAUUGACAUAUUAUGCAUUUAUGAAAAAUUAAAUGUGCGAGAUUAUAGGAUUAUAAAAUAUAUGUAUAACUUAAAAAAAGAUAUUUUAUAUAUGCCUAAUAGUUAUAUAAUAAAAAUUAUGAACAUAAUUUUAAAGUUUAAUUUAUAUAGUAUAUUAAAAUAUUUAAAUAUUAAUCAAAUAAUUGAAUUUAUUAAUUUUAACUCAAUAAAUGAAUGUCUUGAUUUUUUACUAUUAGUUGGUAUGUUACAAUUACGUAAUGACACAUGUCCCAAUCCAAAAAAUAAUGUACUAUCCUUAAAUGCUAAAAAUAUGAUUUCCUAUCUUUUAAAAAAUAUUAACCAAGUAAAAAAUUUAAAUAAAAUGCAAAAAGUUAAUAUAACAAAAGUAUAUAAUUUUUUGCCUUUAAAAUUUUAUAAAUUAUUUAAAAAUUAUGGAAAUAUUCAAAAUAUAAAUAAAAGACUGAACGAAGAAAAAGAGAGUAACAAUCUUUUGCUAAAUAAUUUGUCACACACAUUAUGCGAAGAAUUGCCAGAAGGUAACUUAAAAAAUGUUACUACUUUUAAUGUAGAUGAUGUUAAUUUAAAAUAUGUAAAUAUUGAAACAUGUAAUUAUUAUAUCGAAGGUAUAAAGCAUAUUAAAACGUUGAACUAUCUUAAAAAGUAUAAUAUUUCAAAGGAUUAUUUACACACGUUUAGGGAUAUUAAAGAUGAAAUAUAUCAAGACCUUUUAUUAAUGUAUAAUACAAAUUUAGAAAUAUAUAAAAAUAUUAACAUAUCAAAUUUUAUGUUUCCAUUGGCUAUUAAUUUACUAACUAUAAAUAAUGAUGAGAAUGCAAUUAAAUUAAAAAAAGAUGAUGACCAUAAAUAUAUUAACGAUAUUACUGAAAUAAAUAAAAAUAACUUUCUUAUUAUUGAUAUUUUAUAUAAUUAUAAUUUUUAUUACUCAUUAAAUAGUAAUAAAGAAAACCAACUUAAAAAAAACAAUGUCUACAUGUCUUACUAUAGUAGCCAUAUAAAUAAAAAUAACAAAAGAAUAGUCAACUAUGAAAAAUAUAUUAUAUAUAGGCUAAUCAAAAAAAGAGGAUACAAUUAUAUUUCUAUUGAUGCUAAAACAUAUGUGAAAAAUAAAAAAAUAAAUCCCGAUAAUAGUUUAAAUAAAAAUUAUAUAAACAAUUUAAUAUUCGAUUUAAUGAAAAGACAAAAAAAAAGAAAUCUUUAUUCUAUACAGAGAAAUAAAAACCCAUUUAAAACUCAUAAAAUAUUAUCUUUUCAUUUAAAAAAUCAAAUAAACAAAAAAAUUAAUUCGAUAAAAAAAGUUCGUCAAUUUUCAUAUCCAUCAUUUUAUAUGCAAAAUAAAAGGAAAAAGACGGAAAACAGAAAAACAUAUAUGGAAACAAAAACUAAUACAACGAAUUUUGUUAAUGAAACAGAACAAGCUAAGACAACAGGGAAGCUCCCAUCAAAUCAUUUGUCUAAGCUAAGGAACAUGUUCCAGUUUGCGUAA